AGCCAGAAUAGGACAGACUCAUAUACCAUUCUGAUCUGGGUGCAUUUCUUCAGAAGGAAAACUGAAGACUUUAAUAGCAAACCCUCCAAGGUCAAAAUGAAUACAGAUAGCGGUGGGUGUGCUCGCAAACGUGCUGCCAUGUCUGUUACAAUAACAUCUGUGAAGAGAGUUCAGAGUUCUCCAAACCUAUUGGCUGCAGGGCGUGAUUCUCAGUCACCAGACUCAGCUUGGAGAUCUUACAAUGAUCGAAAUCAAGAGACACUGAACGGAGAUGCUACAUAUUCCUCUCUUGCAGCAAAAGGUUUCAGAAGCGUUCGACCAAACUUACAAGAAAAAAAGUCACCAACUCAGGCACCCUUUCCACCACCCAGAAAAGAGAGCUCUUGCAGCUCUUUGAUAACCAAUCACCAAAAGUGUGACAUUUUAGACCAAUUAGUAACUAACACACAAACUCCCUCCUGUACAAAGUACUCUACUAACAAAAAACCUCUUGAGGGAACUAUGUAUUCUCAUGACGACUCUAACCAGACAAUUGUAUAUUCGGAAGAAUCUAACACAACUGUGUCGUAUACACAAAAAAUCACUAACCCACUACCAACAGCUUCCAGCACUGGUCCCCUACCAAAUGCUGAUAUCAGCACUCCAUUUCUACAAGAAGACUACACACAAGAUUCUCAGACUCGAAGAAUUUCUACAUUGAAACUAAUCCAUAACCAGGAUCUAGGAAGCAGUGUCUACUUUAAUACUCCACAGUUCUCUCAGUCUGUGGAAGUCCCUUCAUUUCUCAAAAGGCCUUGCUCACCACCCCCUAACCCAGUGCCUGAGAUACACACAGCAUCUCUUUCCAUUCAGAUAAAUCCCGUUUCAGGACAUGAUCCUGAAAGCCACAAACAGCUACCUGAGCUUUCUCCAGAGACUACAAAGAUACCUCUUCCGCAAGAGAGACAAAAAUCUGCAGUUGCUGCGGCCUCCCAGUCCUCAGACUGCCGGCCUGGAAACCAGAACUUAGCUGCCAAUGUGCUGGAGAGCCAGAUAACAGUGAAUGGAAACUCUGGAGGUGCUGUGAGUCCAAUGAGUUACUAUCAAAGGCCGUUUUCCCCUUCAGCUUACUCUCUCCCAGGCUCGCUCAAUUCAAGCAUUAUCAUGCAGCAUGGCCGCUCACUGGACUCCGCAGAGUCGUAUCCCCAGCACGCGCAGUCCCUGGACGGCACCAUGGGCAGCUCCAUCCCACUGUACAGGUCCUCGGAGGAGGAGAAGAGGGUGACCGUCAUCAAAGCCCCGCACUACCCAGGGAUCGGGCCCGUGGAUGAAUCCGGAAUCCCCACAGCAAUUAGAACGACAGUUGACAGACCAAAGGACUGGUACAAGACAAUGUUUAAGCAAAUCCACAUGGUGCACAAGCCAGAUGAUGACACAGACAUGUAUAAUACUCCUUAUACAUAUAACGCAGGCCUAUACAACUCACCCUACAGCGCUCAGUCACAUCCUGCGGCAAAGACCCAGACCUACAGACCCCUCUCCAAAAGUCACUCGGACAAUGGCACUGAUGUCUUUAAGGAUGCCUCCUCCCCUGUCCCUCCCCCACAUGUUCCUCCUCCUCCUCCUCCACUUCGGCCAAGAGAUCGAUCUUCAACAGAAAAGCAUGACUGGGAUCCUCCAGAUAGAAAAGUGGACACAAGAAAAUUUCGUUCUGAGCCAAGGAGUAUUUUUGAAUAUGAACCCGGGAAGUCAUCCAUUCUCCAGCAUGAAAGACCACCCCCUCUCCCAACAACUCUGACACCUGUUCCAAAAGAACCCGGCCGGAAGCCUCUUUCUGUUUCAAGAGACGGAGAAGUAACGGGUAGCCCCUCCCCUCUGCCCAGGACUGGCCUCCCCAUACCAAGCCCGUGCACCCCGACUCUUUCCCCCACCUUGACUGAUCGCAUAAAUCCAGAUGACAUAGAUUUAGAAAAUGAGCCCUGGUAUAAAUUCUUUUCAGAACUGGAGUUUGGACGCCCGCCCCCUAAAAAGGCUCUGGACUAUGUUCGAGAUCAUUCUUCUGGUGUUUCCAAUGAGGCCUCCCUGUAUCAAUCCUCUAUAGACAGAAGCCUGGAAAGACCUACUAGUUCUGCGAGCACGGCCAGUGACUUCAGGAAAAGGAGGAAGAGCGAACCUGCGGUGGGGCCACCCAGGGGCUUGGAUCCAAGUGCGAGCAGGACCAGCCCAGGGCGAGCGGACCUCCCGGGACCAGGCGGCCCCGUGACAAAGUCUUUCAUCAGUUCUUCUCCUCCUUCCCCCUCAAGAGCAAAAGGUGGGGAUGAUAUAUGUCCGUCCCUUUACAGUUACUCAGGGCUCAACGGCAACCCCUCCAAUGAGUUAGAUUACUGUAACGCUUACAGACAGCAUUUGGAUGUCCCUCGUGACUCACAGAGGGCCAUUACUUUCAAGAACGGCUGGCAGAUGGCCCGACAGAACGCAGAGGUCUGGAGCAGCACUGAGGAGACGGUGUCCCCCAAAAUCAAAUCCCGCAGCUGUGACGAUCUUCUAAAUGACGACUGCGAUAGCUUCCCCGACCCCAAAACCAAGUCAGAGAGUAUGGGUUCUCUGUUAUGUGAAGAGGACUCCAAGGACAGCUGCCCUAUAGCGUGGGCCUCCCCCUACAUCCAGGAGGGUCGGAGUAACGGCAGGUCAAGGCUCCGCCACAGAUCAGCCCACAACGCCCCGGGGUUCCUCAAAAUGUACAGGAAAAUGCAUCGCAUUAACCGCAAGGAUUUGAUGGCGUCCGAGGUGAUCUGCUCCGUCAAGUCGAGGAUAAUGCAGUACGAGAAGGAGCAGCAGCACAAGGGCUUGCUGCACGGAUGGAGCCAGUCCUCCACCGAGGAGGUGCCCAGGGACAUGGUCCCCACCCGCAUUUCUGAAUUCGAAAAGCUGAUUCAAAAGUCCAAGUCCAUGCCCAAUUUAGGAGACGAAAUGUUAUCUCCCAUCAGCCUAGAAGCUCAACAAAAUGGUUUAUGUCCCAAGAGGCGAUUUUCCAUUGAGUCUUUGCUGGAGGAAGAAGGUCAGAGCAGACACGCUUCGCAUAUGCAGCGGAGCUACGAGCCCCAAGCCCUGGUACCGAUUCAUAUCGAGGUCACCAGUGACGAGCAGCCCAGAGCGCACGUAGAGUUCUCUGAUAGCGACCAGGAUGGCGUCGUGUCUGACCACAGCGAUUACAUUCACGUCGAAGGAUCGUCCUUCUGCAGCGAGAGCGACUUCGAUCACUUUUCUUUCACGUCCUCUGAAAGCUUCUACGGGUCCAGCCACCAUCACCACCAUCACCACCACCACCACCACCGACACCUGAUCAGCUCCUGCAAAGGCAGAUGCCCGGCCUCCUACACCCGGUUCACCACGAUGCUGAAACACGAAAGAGCCAAACACGAGAACACCGAAGAGCCCAGAAGACAAGAAAUGGACCCUGGGCUCUCUAAGCUUGCAUUUCUGGUCAGUCCCGUGCCUUUCCGGAGGAAAAAAAAUUCGACGCCCAAAAAACAGACUGAAAAGGCAAAAUGUAAAGCUUCUGUAUUUGAGGCUCUGGACUCUGCCCUUAAAGACAUCUGUGACCAGAUUAAAGCCGAAAAGAGAAGGGGAAGUCUGCCAGACAACAGCAUCCUGCACCGUCUCAUCAGUGAGCUUCUGCCAGAUAUCCCCGAGAGGAACUCGUCGCUUAGAGCUCUGAGAAGGAGCCCCAUGCACCAGCCUUUCCACCCACUGCCUCAGGACGGUGCUAUGCAUCGUCCAUUGUACCAGAACGAUUGUGGGAGAAUGCCUCACAGUGCCUCUUUCCAAGACGCGGACACCACCACCGCCAGCUACCGUCACCAAGACUAUGACAGUGCACGGAGUCUCCAAGACCACGAGUCCCCUAGAAGUUAUGCAUCCACCAUGACUGACCUGGGGAGAAGCGCACCUCGGGAAAGAAGAGGAACUCCAGAAAAAGAGAAAUUGCCUGCAAAAGCUGUUUAUGAUUUUAAAGCUCAGACAUCUAAGGAGCUGUCAUUUAAGAAAGGAGAUACUGUCUACAUCCUCAGGAAAAUAGAUCAAAAUUGGUAUGAGGGAGAGCACCACGGCAGAGUGGGCAUCUUCCCAAUCUCCUACGUCGAGAAACUCAUACCUCCCGAAAAAGCACAGCCCGCAAGACCCCCUCCGCCAGCGCAGCCUGGAGAAAUCGGAGAAGCUUUGGCCAAAUAUAAUUUCAGCGCUGACACAAAUGUGGAGCUAUCGCUGAGAAAGGGAGAUAGAGUUAUUCUUCUUAAAAGAGUUGAUCAAAACUGGUAUGAAGGUAAAAUCCCAGGAACCAGCAGACAAGGCAUCUUCCCUGUUUCCUAUGUAGAAGUUGUCAAGAAGAAUCCAACCACAGGUGCUGACGAUUACCCCGACCCUCCAAUCCCCCACAGCUACUCUAGUGAUAGACUCCACAGCUUAAGUUCCAAUAAGUUGGCUUCCAGGGAACCAGCCCCUGCUCCCAUGCACAAAGCUUCACCUGGCUCAGAUAAAACAGCCCCUGGGUGGCUGUCCCUGACAGCCACGUGUCCACCGGCAAAUCCUUUGACCCCAGCGCCACCUCCUUUUCUGGACAGCUUCUUGGAUGAAUUAGAGAAGCUUGGUGCUUUCACCUUAUCAGCUGACCAAGCCAAACCAAGUAUCCUAGAGGAGAUCCUUGAAAUCAAGGAGGAGCCCUCAGUACUCCUCCCGCUGCCUCCAGCUUCUGGACCUGCCAAGCCAGCUUCCUCUCUGCUACCUGUCCCCGGCUCAGGGGUGACCUCGGCUGCACUCCAGCCUUAUGAGGCCAAACCACUGCAGGAUUCCAGAAAGACAACUCAGAACAAGUUUGACGAUCUGACAAAAAUGGGAAAGGGCUUUGGAGGCCCCGAGAAAGUACCCGAAGUUCUAGGUGAUAAGUUUGUGGCCUCUGCACACACGAAUUUGGGUCCCUUGCCCCAAUGUCUCCCUGUCAUUGGAGAGGAAGAUGAGGAUAUCUGUGAGGGGUUUAUGUCAGGCAUCCAAGGAGGGCCAGAAUCUCAGGAACCAGGGGCCCUGUGGUGUGCCCAUGAUGGCCCAGAGGGCACACCAAGCCUGCACAUUGAAGAGGAGGAAGAGGAGAGGAAACCCGCCUGCUUAAAAUAUCCUGUAGCCACCCCCACAGAUCCUAGGACCCCUAAGGAAGACAGCAAUGCAGCGAAGACCAGUAAUGAGCUGCCUUCACUUUCUCCGGGAGAUGGAAAGUCCACACCGUUUCCCAGCUGUCUCCUUCCCGCCCUUCCUUUUCAUUUGCCCUCCACCUCUGUCUCUGACCUGAACUCCACCCUUUCUCAGACUCCCCAGCCCUACUCUCCCCCCCUCCUCCCCAAAUACCCUUACCAACAGGAGAUAAAUUCACCAGAACUAAAGGCUGACUUAAAAAGCGAGAUAUUUGUCUUGGGUAAGCCUCCGCGUAGCCCAGUGAUGUCUAGGAGAUCCUGCGGCUCGCCUGUCAGAGGGCUCAGCAGUUCCCACAGGCCACAGCGUCCUGUGUUUACUCAUGAAAACAUUCAAGGUGGGGGGGAACCGUUUCAGGCUCUGUAUAACUAUACUCCUAGGAAUGAAGAUGAGCUGGAGCUCAGAGAAAGUGACGUCAUUGAUGUGAUGGAGAAGUGUGACGAUGGAUGGUUUGUGGGCACCUCAAGAAGAACCAAAUUCUUUGGUACUUUUCCCGGAAACUAUGUCAAGAGGCUGUGAAUCGCUGUCUCCCUACAUUGCAAGUCCCACUUCAGCACCACAUCUGCAGACCCUUGCCUGAAAGAGCCCCCUCACCCCCCGCCCCCACUGUCCUGCCUUCUGGUCUCCUCUAGAAGUUCCCCAGCCCUCCCCACCUCUACCUGCCACCAAACCACCAGCCAAGGGACUGCCGCUGCCCAGCUCUGGGGAGGCUGGGGGCUUGCUUCUGCGUGAACGUGCGUAGUCCUGAUUUCUGCUCUAAACUUGGAAACGUCGCUGUGCGAGAUCAGAGAGAAGAUGGUUAGAGUUAGAAAGGGAGAAGUAUUUGAGGCAAAAAAAAAAAAAAAAAAAAAGGAAAUAUCUGAAGAAUCUCUCUAGUCCACUUUGAAAGGCUUUCUCCCCUCAGGCAACCAGAGAUUGUUUAUUCCUAAAUGCUGUGGUUUGUGUUUUCACAUUCUUAGCUUGGCACUGUAUUUUCCUUUCACGAGUUUGCCUAGUGUCCUGGUUUACACGACAUGAAAACCUGUCCUUCGGCUAUUGUUUGCCUGCACUUACAUAUUGUAAUACGCACAGUGAUUACAAAACCUAAAGCAAGCGUAGGAAAGUUAAUUCGGAUGAGUGUGAUUUUAUUGAUUGAAUGUGAGUUUUCAAAUAGGAGUCUUUUCCUGCAGUUUUUUUUCUGUACUUUUUAGAAGUGCAAACCGUUAAGUGAAUAAGAGCCUUUGGUAAUAAUCAUGAGACUAUAAGAGGUUUAGCUAGACUACAAAAAAAAAAAUAAAACCAACAAAAAAAC